CCAUCAGCCCUCCCUCUUCUCAUCCUCGCUAGCUCUAGCUCUCUCUGGGCACAUCUAAAAAGAUACAGCUGCCAAGAAAGUGGAAGGGAGUGAAUCAGAAGAUAAAGCACCCUGCUGUGGGAAGCCUGGCAGAAAUGAAGAUGGUCUCGGUGCUGUUGCUGCUGAGCAGCCUCCUGGGUACCCCCGCCGUGCCUUCCCAGCGCCCUGCUUGUUACAAGAGGGCCCUCAAGGACCACAGCUGUCACACCAUCGCUGAAAGCAAGGAGAACCUCCGACACGUCGACGAUGGUCUGCGAGAUCACUUCUGGGAAGGGAAGGGCUGUGAGGUGAUCUGUUACUGCAACUUGAAUGAAUUGCUCUGCUGCCCAAAGGAUAUUUUCUUUGGACCAAAGAUAUCUUUUGUGAUCCCCUGCAACAGUCAAUGAUUCAAGUCUGCAAGUGAAGAUAACAGACAUCAUUCUACGAUCAUGUAAUAAAGUUUUCAAGGGAAAAAACGGAACUACCAACAAAAAAAAAAAUCCUUUCUAACGACAAGUCACUGCCUCAUUUUACACUGUAGAAAGAAUUUCCUUUCUAUACCUUUAUGGGAUAUCACAUAUUCAAGAAGUCUUCUUUUCAAAUCCGAUAGCUGAGACAAUUUCCAUAAAACCAUUUCCAUGGUUUAACAGACUGUACAAGCUCUUAAUGUAUCCUAAUAGGCAUUCCCCAGGAAAAAGCAUAACUCUUCUUACUUAGCACAAUAUUCUUAGCUAGUAUGGACGAAGAAACUUCAAGCUUAAGCCUUCAUGUUGUUAGGAACAUGACUCUCAGAGCAACUUAUGGCAGUGAAGCUUCCUAUUCCAUUAUUGCCAUCACACUUUUAAUGCUGUUUUAACCUGAAGCCACUUGGUCCCUGGCACUUUGGAAGAGAGGUUCCCAUGUUCUCUUUAGGCAUCUUAAAAUACAUGCACAUACAAAACACAUUUCCAUAUUUGAAAGUAUUUCACUGGAAUAAAAAAAAUAGUACAAGUUGACAUUAACAGUACUAAAGCACACUUGGGUCUUAUGCUUAACUGAUCACCUGCCUUGACUAUGCAGUCUCUAAACCUUUAAACUGCUUAAUCUUAGCAUUGAACAUCUCAAAAUAUUAGAACAACAGAUUUUUUAAUCAAGCUGUUUGAAAUACAGUACCACAAAAUUAAGUUAAAAUGCUGGCUUUUUUAGGCUAGCCCUGUAAGGCAAUAGCUACAGAAAACACAGAGAUAAUCAUCUUCAUUUUUAAGAGGUAUUGUGAGAGAUAGAUACGUAUCUGUGAGAUUGUAGAUACAAAGAGACAUAAAUUUUUGACUGUUUUUGUUAUAUGGCAAUCUGUAUUGGCAGGUGCUGAGAGGUGACCACAUAAUUUUAAGCAGAGUAACCUUGCACAAGCCAGGCUUACAGGCAGCAAGCCUGACUUACUGCCUUACAUAUAUAAACACUUUAGCUAUCAAGUCAGUCACAUGGGAAGUGUGCAGUACUGAAGGAACUGUGCAGUCCUGUCUACUCAAAAAAUUCAGUGUUCAUCCCAUAAUCUUACACAUUGGACCAAACUGCUACCACCAGUUCACCACACUUACUUCAUGUGUCAGUAUGAAAUAUCAUGACUGUUUUUCUUCUUGUUAGUAAACAAGGGCUGGAUAUUGGGUGAGGGGGUGAUUAUACACAGCCAAUAAUAAAUGUUUCAAGUAAAUCUGUGUGUAUUA